CAGCAUACGUUGCACCGAGAGCUCAUAUUCGUGUUCCUCUUGACCUGCAUCGCAUCGGUGUUUUGCAUGCCGCAGCUUGGAGCCACCGCUGUCAUUGCUGGCUUUGUUUUAGUCUCCGCAGUCCUGAUCAAGAGAGCCAUGGCUUCAGAGACCUGCACGAGCCCCGAUUCACGCGUCUCGCUGGGCGACGGCAACUCCAUCCCGGCGGUCGGCUUCGGCAUGUAUUACACGCCGCCCGGCGCCGUGGCAUAUGAUAUCGUCAAGGAAGCAAUUAAAAUUGGCUACCGACAUAUUGAUACGGCCGGGUUCUACGAGAACGAGGCCGACGUCGGACGCGCGGUCAAGGACUCGGGCGUGCCGCGCGACCAGAUCCACAUCACGUCCAAGGUCUGGCCGGAAGCCGAGGGCCGGUGGCAGACCGACGCGUACAACAUGGUGCUGGAGCACGUCAAGGCGUCGGUGGAGAAGCUGGGGACCCAUGCUGACUUGUAUUUAAUCCACUGGCCUGUGAAUCCCGAGCAGCGCGUCGACUACUGGCUCGCGCUCGAAGAGGCCCAGAAGCAGGGCCUCGUGAAGAGCAUCGGCGUGUCGAACUUCGGCGUGGCGCACAUGCAGAAGUUAAUUGAUGAUCCGCGCACGACGGUCGUGCCGGCGGCGAACGAAGUAGAACUGCACCCCUUCCUGCGCCAGGACGAGAUCGAGGCCUUCUGCAAGCCUCGCGGCAUUAGAUUGAUUGCGUACUCGCCGCUGUCCCGCGCGAAGCGCCUCGACAACCCCGUGAUCCAGGAGGUCGCCAAGGCCCACGGUGCGACGCCGGCCCAGAUACAUGUCCGCUGGUCCGUGCAACACGGCUACGUGCCGCUCCCGAAGUCGGUGCGGACCGAGCGCGUCGCGGAGAACAUCGACGUCUUCAAGUUCGAGAUCACGCCCGCGGAGAUGGAGAAGCUCGACGCGCUCGACGAGCGCCUCUUCACGGAGUGGGAGGAGUGGGGCAACCUCGACCCGACGAAGAUGGACUAG